GUCAACGCGGCGGCCGCGUACGCCGAUACGGGCUCAGGUGGAACGUCGUGCGCGUAGUUGUUGGCGUUUGUGGGGACCGGGAGCCAGCUCGCGAUCGGAAUCGACAAUGAGCGGAGAACCUGCCGGAAACGACGGCAUCGUCCGAGUGUGGUGCGAUGGAUGCUACGACAUGGUGCACUUCGGUCAUGCCAAUCAGCUUAGACAGGCCAAGGCGAUGGGCGACUACCUAGUUGUCGGAGUUCAUACCGACGAGGAGAUAAAGAACCACAAGGGACCACCCGUGUUCACGGAGCAGGAGAGAUACAAGAUGGUCCGUGCCAUCAAGUGGGUUGACGAGGUCGUUGAAGGUGCACCCUACAUCACAACAUUGGAAACUCUGGACAAGUACAAGUGCAACUUCUGUGUUCAUGGAGAUGACAUCACGUUAGAUGCAUCCGGAGAAGACACCUACCGCUACGUCAAAGAGAGUGGUCGCUACAAAGAGUGCAAACGGACAGCGGGAAUUUCAACUACGGAUCUCGUUGGCCGAAUGCUGCUGAUGACCAAGCAGCAUCACCACAGAGGUGCGAAGGAGUACGGGGUGGACAAGGAACAUGCAGGCAACAUCAGCAAGUUAUCUGGUUUUGAUGACGGUCUAACCACAGCCUGCGUCAAUGGAAAUGGUGACUCCACGACGCACAGCCCAUGGACUGGAAUCUCCCAGUUUCUGCCAACAACACAAAAGAUCAUACAGUUUGCUGAGGGAAAGGAGCCUAAGAGUACAGACCGCAUUGUUUACGUGGCGGGAGCGUUCGACCUUUUUCAUGUGGGCUAUUUAGACUUCUUGGAAAAAGCCAAAGCGGAAGGUGACUACCUUAUCGUUGGGCUCCACACAGACCCUGUGGUGAACAGGUACAAAGGUUACAACUACCCCAUCAUGAACCUCCACGAGCGCGUGCUGAGCGUUUUAGCCUGCAAGUAUGUCAAUGAAGUUGUCAUCGGAGCACCCUACUCGGUCACAACAGACCUCAUGGAGCAUUUCCGCGUCCAUGUGGUGUGCCAUGGGAAGACUCCAAUCAUGCAAGACGUGGAUGGCAGUGACCCUUAUGCGGAGCCCAAACGCAUUGGCAAGUUCAAGAUACUGGACAGCAAGAACAAGCUCACCACGCAUGACCUGGUGCAGCGCAUCAUACGCAACCGGUUGCAGUACGAGAUGCGCAACUAUGAGAAGGAACGCAAGGAGAUGGCAGUGUAUGAUGCUUGGCUCGUGAGCCAGCAAAACAACUACGUGGGGAACAACAACGUUGGAGAGUGAGGGCCUGAAAGGGUCGCAGACGAACGGGUUCCCAGAGAUGAAAGCCGGCAUGGAAGAGAGCAACCAAACAUUUGCCGGGCUUCAUGUUGCAGCGUUGGUGCAAUCGCGUGCCAAGAAAUGGGUGCAACUGUUAAUAAGGACCACGUUUCGAAUCCGUCUAGCGAGUGCAGCCAUCAUUCAAAGGUGCAUUGUACCGAGAGCGUGUUCUUUUUCAUCUGAUAGCUGCAGACAGCUCCAUCAGACCUUGCACUGUGCAUGGGGAGGACGUCGGGCGCUCGUUGAACUACAGCCGCGGGACCUGCACUUCCCCCAGUUCCCACCAUGGCUUAAAAGUUGCAUGGGAGGCAAAAGACAUUUAGUCAUUGUGUGCUACGCACAUAUAUUGUUUAAUUUUGUCAUUGAUCGGGACUCGCUAUGUAAUGCAAAGAAGUAUUGUGGCCAUAUUAUUGUCCAUUUCGGAAAUAGGGAAACUCAAUCAUCACCUUUCUCUGAAGAGUACUCAUUUUUGCUUGCUUUCUCCUUUUAAGAGAGCUAUGUGCAAUGACUAACUGAAUGAAUUUCUCUUUAAAUUGUGUCAAGCAUAAGUAUGAUUUUUCUAAGAGACCACAGGUUCUGGUUUGGUCCUAAAAGGUCACAAUCAGCACCGGUCAGCUUGCAGAAGCCACUUCUUCUCACUUUUAUAUGCAUGCAUGCACCCUACAGCAUUAGGCACUGCAUCGCAACUUUAACUUUGUCACUGUGGCACUGCUGUAGAUAGCCUCAACUUCCACUUCUCUUGCGUGCAAAGCUUGACAUAACCAUCAUUGCCUCGACUUGCAUGUCACUCCCCUCUUCCCAUUCUCGGUCACAGGUGUCUCGCGUGGAAGCUGUGUCACGUACUUGCUUGUGCAAGCCAUCACUGUUAUGCAUAUUAUCCGUGAGCGCGCUGUUACAUAUAUUACCUUCAAAAAGCAUAGACAAGCAGGUUCUACCGCUCGAGGAAAAACUAGCCUAGUCUUGUCCUGCGGCUUCGAGCGGCAGUUGCACUGUACACACGUCACACCUGUACCUGCACCUUAUUUCUUUUGUUUCCCUUCUUGUACAUAGAGUGUGCCAUCCAAGAAAGUGUGUAUACAACCCCGAGCAAGACUUCUUGAAUUCUCCACUCGCAAAACAUGACAAUUUUCCGCGCUCCCUUCGACACAGACCCAUACAUCAGCUUUGUUUCGACAGAACUUGACACUGAAGGUAUUCCACCAGCACCUCUUGCUUCGUUGUGCUGAGCGUUGCAUCUGUUUGACGGAUGCCGUCACCUCAUGCUGCUUUUUUUAAUGAGAACUCGUUUACUUUGUUAUAUCAGAUGUCAUCUCUUGGUGCCACACAAUGCGUUUUCUGUGGUGGGAACGAUUUGACGUAGAGGUUAUACACAUGAGAUUUUGUUACGUGCACUGCUGUUAUGCACAUUUAACAAGUAUUCAGUGCAGGCCUCAAAAGUAGACCUCUGAACCCUUGUGCUAAAGUUUUCUACCGUCUAUUACGUUACAAUUCAUCAGGUAUGAACGUGUUCUGUACUUACGGCAGCAACCUGCGAGUGCGAGCCGAUUUAUCCGGAAGUCUGGGCUUUUGAAACUAUUGCGUGGCCCGAUUGUUCUUACGCAACAAUUAUUGGCUGUGCCAUCAAGGUGUUCUACAACAUGUGCUAAAAAUACGACAGGGCACAGAAACAUGCUAGUUGCAUUUAACUUGUACGUUGCGCUUUUCUUUUGUUUCUUUGCUCUUUCCAACUGCUGACUAGAGCAAGAUAACUUGAAUUUCUUCACGGAACCUGAACAGCUGCUUUGCUGUCUUUUUCCAUUCUAGCAACGUCCAGGCCUGUAGUUGCUGUUUUAAUAUCUCACCAGCUAUCUGCCAAAGACAGUCACGCAGAGUAUGUUUAGGAGUUAUAUUUCAGUGCGCUGAGCUGUUCAGACACAUUAGCGUCGCUAGUCAAUGGAGAGACAACUUGCAGUGUGUUUUACAGUGGUUGUUCGUGUGAUGAGAAGAUUGCCUUAUUUAUAUAGGUGCGUCUUGUGCAUAAAGGUGAGCAUGACAGGUGACCUAGAAAACUUUUUGUGCUCAUGCAUUCGUUUUUUAUUACUUUUUUAUUUUGGGGUUCUGUAUUUGUUAUAUAUUUAUUUGUGCGCAUCACCUUUUAACAUUGUUAGUGCAUGAAGUGACCUGUCUGGUCGAAUCGUGCAGCCAUUUUACAGAGGCUCUUUUAAAAAGGUUUCAUUAUCUGCACUGUCGUGAUGUUUUGAGCCUACACAGGUGCCAUUAAUAAAAUUUAGGCUUCUGUUGUACAAAAA